AUGUCCCCUCCAAUCUCUCCACAGCCGUCCGAGGUCCGUCCGCGGGCUCAGACGGCCAUGAGCCAUUCAUCUCAACGAUCCCGCCGCAGUAACUCUUCCGCCAACAAUAAGCUAGAGUUGACCGAGACUCACAAAGAGAAGAAGAGGCUGAAUACAAAGGCAGAUCCUUCGAGAGCCAUCACCGAAGCCACGCCAGUGGAACAGGCACAAGAGGAAUCGACAGUCGAGGAUUUGCGCAGGAUGAUGCACAAAGACAACGAUGGCAAUCUUAUCACCGAUCCUGAUCGGUCCAAUCCUACCCGCCAUCGUAUGGAGCGGCCAUUAGACACCAUCCGUGCGUUUCACGCAGCUGCGGAGGGCACGAGCACGCGGCGCUCCUCCUACAAUAGCAGACCAGGUUCCCAAGUUGGCUGGAAUGGUGAUGUGAACCGCCGGGCAAGCUACUACUCGCAGAAUGGAUACUCGCCACAGCGACCUCGAGCGUCACCUAGUGGUGGAUACUACCGCAAUUCUUCCUAUGGUUUCGCUCCCCAAAGCGCGGUCGAAGAGUCCCCAGGCGCUUCCCAAAUGUAUGCUCGGCCUUCUGUGCGUCAACAAACCCAUCCUCAUGCUGGUCCUCCCAACGGAUACCCGAAUGGCUAUCAACACGGUCCCAGCAAUGGAGACAGUCCAAUAUCUCCGCAUGCAUACCACCACUCUUACGACGCCAUGACCAGUGGCUCUGAGGAAUAUGGCAAAUCGACAAAUCCUAGCUCCCAGAACAGCUCUUUUGACCAACUCCACCAACUUCGGAACAAACCAGAAGAUUUUCCCCAGGAGAACCCAUAUGCUAAAGAGAUUCAAUUCAAUCAGACCCCGUUGCCACAGCCAUUCUCACCGUACGGCGUACGCGACGGUAGUCAUGACCAGCAGUUCCAAGGUCCAGCGGCUCCAUCACACCAGUAUACACCGCCCGCUGCAAACGAUCCGCGACACCCAAUCAAGCUGAAUGGCGUGUCAAAUGCUGGUGAAAUCACCCCUCCCCAGUCACCUAAGAGACAGAGCUGGAUCAAGCGAAGAUUCAGCAAGCGAGCCUCCUAG